AUGAAGUUAUCAAGCAGUGAUAGUGCCUCCAGUAAUGGUGAUUCGGCUGCACAAAGGUUCCGGUUUGACAUCGAAAGCGUCACAGGAGAUGGACGAGCGAAUCAUUCUCAAUCCCUGAUUAGAGUCUGGAAGAUUCCUAUCCCGUUGCGAAGGGCCAGCAUUAUACCUGAUCUGAUCAGGAAUCUUGCCUACAUUUCGACGUUAGUAUGUUUCGCACUGGUGGUGUACAUCAUUCGCCUCAAAGAGGGCCUAGUCCGCGUCGCCAAUGAUCCUUAUGAUAUUAGAUUCGGUCUAGACAUCGAUCGCGAUAGCCAAUCUAUUUGGGACGAUGAACGGCAACCCUUCCUUCACGACGCUUUCCCCGUGCCAGUGCACUCACAUAACGACUAUUGGCGGAGGAUUCCACUCUUCGAGGCUAUUGGCUCAGGUUGUAUCAGUGUCGAGGCUGACGUCCACUUACGAAACUCCGACCUCUUCAUUGGCCACACAGCCCGGAGUUUGAAGAAGAACUCUACGUUACAAUCCAUGUAUCUGGAACCUCUACGGCGCAUGAUCGAGGAACAAAAUGCUAAUGUGACAGAUGGCACUUGGCGGGGCAUCUUCAACCGUACUCCUCAACAGACAUUCGUUCUUCUGGUCGACCACAAGACCUCAGGAAUUGAAACAUUAGCUGAGCUUCAUGCUCAACUUCAGACACUUCGUGAUCUCGAUUAUCUGACAUACUGGAAUGGCUCAGAAAGGGUUAUGCGACCUCUCACCGUUGUAGCAACAGGAAACGCACCAUUCGAGGGCGUCCUCGCACUGGAUCCACAGCACCGGGAUAUAUUCUGGGAUGCUCCACUUGAGCGCUUGCCUUCCAUUGAUGAUGAUUUCGAUUCCAAUCCCGUCAGAUACGCAUAUAACCGCUCAAAUUCGUACCUUGCUUCUACUCUAUUUCAAAAUGCCAGGUUGUGGAGUUCUCAUCGAGAAUUUGCGCCGUCGUUGGAUAGCCCUCGACUCGCUGAUAUGGGGGCAAGUCAAAUUGAACAAGCAAGAGCGAGGGGUCUACUGUCUAGAUACUGGGACACGCCGGACCAGCCUCCGAAUCUGAGGGAGAUAGUAUGGAGGGUUUUGGUCGACGCAGAGGUUGACCUUCUGAACAUGGAUGAUCUGGGUACGGUUAGGGCGAGAGCCAAAGGAUGGGGAGCCAUCCCAUUAUCGACUUGA